UAUCCCUCCAAAUAUCACACGCCGGUGGCUGGCAGAAGGGAGGACUAACUGCAGCAUUGUACAGUACGUAUGGGUGCUGGCUUGCCAUUGUGUCUUUACUCAGUCGAACUGGUCGGUGAGUCUAAAUUUAGCCCUCCACCAGGGCCAGCUUGUUGAAAAAUUGAUCGAUAGUGGAGUCGCUGCUAUAGUAACAGUCGCAGUUUUAAUGGCGGUCAGGUGUCACUGGAUCUCCAGUCAAGCAGACAGUGAACGACAAUGAGCGCGGCGCAGUGUACCGCCAGGUGGAAAAACCAAGCCGUCUCUAAAGUCACUGACAUGUCCAGGGGUGGUAAUAGAACAGAUAAGGGUGAUGACAAGGUGGACCUGUGUGGCCGGGGGAGCUGGUGGCUGGGAACACUGAAAGCCACACCCAACCCGGGUCUCUAUCACAUCCGCGACUUCAUCGAAGAGGCUGAAUUGAACCCGGUGAGGAAGACCUACGGGUUCAAAGGCGUGGGCAGAAAAGCCCAAACUCUGGGCGUAUGUAAGGGGGAUUUGCUUCUACCUGGCGCAUACAACUACACCGACUCCAUCCAGGAAGUCCUGAAGCACCAGGCGUCCUACUCUUUCAAAAACUGUCCACGGCCCGACAUCGCCACCCUGGGCAUCAGGGACAAGCACUUAACCACUUCACCCUGCGACUACAAUGUGACAGCAAAACCAGUGGAGAAGAUUCCCUGCAACCAUGUGAUGUUUCGGUCCACCGUGCAGCGGAUCAGCUUUCCACCUAAGGAGGGACCUGCUCCGUGCCACUAUAAUCCACAGACCAGACCAGCGAAGGGCAUCACUUCCUGCUUCAAAUCCACGUUGCCUCGGCUCCACUAUGUGCACUCAAAGACCCCGGGACCAGGGGCCUACGAACCUUGCUGGAAGUUGGGCGACCGUCUGAACACAGAGGCCGUUGACCCAUCAUUUAGCCUCUUCUUCCGCAACACUCUGUAGUUUGGACUUUAUUUCCCACAAUGCCUUCAUCCCAUCAAUCAUCUCCUCGUCCUCAUCAGUUUACUGGCACAUCACACACACACACACACACACACACACACACACACACACACACACACACACACACACACAUAAUGACGACUCCUACCUGAUUAAUGGAAUAAAAGUAAGCUCAUUAAGAGAAAGACAAAAAGUCUCUUAUUACUUGGACCAAUGUUUAUAUCUGCAUGCCAGCGAGGCAUUUUGUGGUCUGCCAGGGACAUAAUAAGCCACAUUGGUUGGGCUCAAAUUGCUUUAGUGAUGCCGGCCAGGGAAGCAGAAUGAUCUUAUCUGCAACAAAGGGUACUUCAUUCCACUUAACUACAUGUUCCCGGUAUUGCUCUCUCCCUCCAUC